AACUUUCACUUUCGCUUUAAUCGGCUCUUCUUUUUUUUUGUUUUUUGGAGCAUCGACAUGUUUGUGAGCGAUGCGCUCAGGAUGGACUAAAGCUGAGGACGGACGCAGUGUGAGGCCGAAGCGAGCCCAGGUCCGGUUCUGCACCAGGUUCCGAGAGGAACACACGGCUCUCCGGGGUGACAGUCGUCUGACAGCCAUUGGGUACACACGGCCAUAAUGGAGAAGAACGAGAAUGGUGCAUCACAACGAACCUCCUGACCCCUCUGCGUCGCCACAAGACACCGAGUCCACCGAUAUUCCGGCUCCUCAGACUCACCUGGAUCCUCAGACUCACUUCCGGCCUUUCCGGGACGUGGGCGAGCGCUCCCUCGUGGCCAGCGCAACACGUUUCCUGGGGAACAGUGGCUUUUACUGGGGUCCUCUGGAUGUAGAAGAAGCUCACGCUCGAUUGGCGUCUCUUCCCGUUGGCACCUUCCUAAUCCGGGACAGCAUGCAAACGGACGUCUUCUUCACCCUGAGCUAUCGCUCUGCAGACGGACCCACCAGCGUCCGCGUCCUCCUUAAGGGCCACGGGUUCGCCCUGGACGGCAGCAAGCACGCUUUCCCUUGCCUGUUCGAACUGUUGCGAUUUUACAUGGCGUCACCCAAGAGGAGUCUGAAGCAGCCGUACCGAGGUUCUGCACCACAGAAACUUCAGGAGCUGUGCAGGAGAGCCGUGGUGAAAACCUACGGCAAGGAAAACCUCGAAGAACUCCCCGUGAGCACUGUGCUGAAAGAUUUUCUUCAGUCAUAUCCUUUCAGCAUUUGAAAAGAACUUGAAACACUUGUAUAUUUAUUUAUACGGGGUUUUAACACUUUUAUAAGUAACUAUGUCUUGUUCAUUAGGUUUCAUGAUUUCGGUACCAUUACCUUUAAAUGCACUACGUCAGGUGUUUGUCCUGAUUUAUUUGCCUGCUGUGCAGACAGUGUGGUUAUUAUUCGUUUUUUUUUAUUUCUCACAUCAGUAAAACAACAUAGGAAAUGUAGCUGUACAAUAUGUUAAUUAUUUCUGUAAUACCACGAUGCUGUAGUAAAUGACGUACUGUAAAACUCAUUUCAUAUAUCAUCCUGAACAUGUCGGUGAUAUAAAUAAAUGACUGUAGACGAUUCUUCGGCAUACGCAU